CAUCUCCAGCUUCUCAUUGGCCAGGCCAAGCUGCAGUGAGGCUGCAACACAGUCAGUAGGGGACCUCUCCACUCCCUCAGCUAUAAAAAGGCAGUGCGCAGCUCUAUGUGCUUCAUUCCCUGCAGACUUCAAAGCCAGCUACAGCGAGAUUUGGGACCCUGCGUUGCAAAUGUCUGACUUAGAGAACUCCAUGGCAGCCAUCAUAGAUGUGUUUCACAAGUAUUCGGGAAAGGAGGGAGACAAGCACAAGCUGAAGAAGAGUGAACUGAAGGAUCUGAUCAAUAACGAGUUAGCAAGCUUUCUAGGGCAAAUCAAAGACCAGGCGACGAUGGACAGUUUAAUGGAAAGCCUGGAUACUGACCCUGACUCGGAAUGUGACUUUCAGGAGUUCAUGACCUUCAUCGCCAUGGUGACCAUCGGCUGCCAUGAGUUCUUUGAACACCACGAAGAUGAGUAACAAACUCACCCACCAUAUAUAUAUAUAUAAAUCAUUCUAGUUAAAAUGCACUGCAGACUUGUAACCCUUUCACCUGCCUUAACCUGUAUACAAGCCUAUUGAUGAAGCUUAAUAGAUGGUAAUGCCUUUGGACCUGGUUUGAACCUUGGCUGGCUGGUGCUGUUAUGUUUUAAAUUGUUGUUUUUAAUUUCUGUGGUGUUUACAGCAACUGUGGUACACCAUAAUAUCUUAAAAUCUUUCCAGUUUGCGGUCAAUAAGCAAAAAAAAUAUGUAGGGAUUGCACUGUACAUUUUUCUACAUCUCUAAGAAAUGCAGCCAUUCUAAAAAAGAAACAUUUAUAUGAGAAGUCAGGCCAUCACACAUAGCUGACAUGAUAGGUGAUAUUAAGAAUG